UAAUAGUUGUUUUCCGGAAUUAUUUAUGUGAAACACACUUAAUAUCUGCCACUGCAAAUAGCAAAGGAUUUCACUACGCAUCCAUUCGCUACUGUCUUAGACUAAUAACAACUGCGGGCACCCAGCUAUUUAUGAGAUCAACCAUCUUUGGCUGAAAUGAAUUUUCUACGUAACCGUCUUGUUGUGCUGGGCCUGGUGUUGCUGGCCACUGUUCUGUUGUACCUGCUACUGCCGUCAAUUCGUCAGGGCAGCAUGGAGCCUUCGCUGGAUGUCCAGAGGAUGGGCCUGGUGGCUGUCUCUCCUCCUCCGCCUCCUGCCAUCAACGUGUCCGUCCGCACAGGGCAGCUACCCGGGGACCCUCCACUCUUCUUCAGGGAAGCUUUGCCGGUCGAUGGAUCUGGUAGACAGAUACUGCCCAGGCUGCAAGUGGUCCUUCUCCAUGGCCAAGCGUUCUCUUCCAAAACCUGGGAGGAACUGGGCACCCUGGCCUUGCUGGCUACAAACGGAUACCAGGCCUUGGCUGUGGACCUACCAGGAUUUGGGAACUCUCCAGACUCGGAUGCUGUGAAGACAGACCAGCAUCGGGUGGACCUUCUGGGGAGGUUUAUGGAGGCUUUGGGCGUGAGGACAGCGGUGCUGCUCAGCCCCUCUAUGAGCGGCCACUACUCCAUCCCCUUCCUUAUGAAACACAGUGCCCAGCUGCAUGGCUUCAUCCCCAUAGCCCCAGUAGGAACCCGCAGCUACACCCCUCAGCAGUACCAGAGCAUCCAGACUCCUACUCUGAUUGUGUUUGGAGCACUGGACACCAACCUGGGGGCCCAGUCCCACAAGAAUCUCAUGCAGCUCCCACACCACUCAGUCCUGAAGAUGGAGGGGGCGCGCCAUGCCUGCUACAUGGACAAACCUUGGGAGUUCCACCAAGCACUGUUGGACUUUCUCAGCAAACUGGAGUGAGAGGGGGAAGAGGAAGAUAGAGGGAAGGAAAAAAGAGAUAAACAGGGUUGUGUUUGCGUGAAAGUGGAGAAAUUAUACACAAAUAAGAAAAAGGGAAAGUAGUCCUCUGGGAUAAUAGGGCAAAGGCUGCUUUUGAUAUUACAAAUUACCCCGGGCCCCCUAGUUAUCCUGGUAGAGUGGCUUACUCCAGGCCCCUAGCCACCCUGGUAGAGUGGCUUACUCCAGGCCCCUAGCCACUCUGGUAGAGUGGCUUACUCCAGGCCCCUAGCCAUCCUGGUAGAGUGGCUUACUCCAGGACCCUAGCCACCCUGGUAGAGUGGCUUACUCCAGGACCCUAGCCACCCUGGUAGAGUGGCUUACUCCAGGCCCCUAGCCACCCUGGUAGAGUGGCUUACUCCAGGCCCUUAGCCACCCUGGUAGAGCGGCUUACUCUAGGCCCCUAGCCACCCUGGUAGAGCGGCUUACUCCAGGCCCCUAGCCACCCUGGUAGAGCGGCUUACUCCAGGCCCCUAGCCACCCUGGUAGAGUGGCUUACUCCAGGCCCCUAGCCACCCUGGUAGAGUGGCUUACUCCAGGCCCCUAGCCACCCUGGUAGAGUGGCUUACUCCAGGCCCCUAGCCACCCUGGUAGAGUGGCUUACUCCAGGCCCCUAGCCACCCUUGUAGAGUGGCUUACUCCAGGCCCCUAGCCACCCUGGUAGAGUGGCUUACUCCAGGCCCCUAGCCACCCUGGUAGAGUGGCUUACUCCAGGACCCUAGCCACCCUUGUAGAGUGGCUUACUCCAGGCCCCUAGCCACCCUGGUAGAGUGGCUUACUCCAGGCCCCUAGCCAUCCUGGUAGAGUGGCUUACUCCAGGACCCUAGCCACCCUGGUAGAGUGGCUUACUCCAGGACCCUAGCCAUCCUGGUAGAGUGGCUUACUCCAGGCCCCUAGCCACCCUGGUAGAGUGGCUUACUCCAGGCCCCUAGCCACCCUGGUAGAGUGGCUUACAUUGCAAUGUUUUUGUUGACAUCCCAUCAAAUCGAGAGCAACUCUAAAAUAAGUUUACUCUUUGAGUUGAGCAUGUAGAACAGAAUAUAUGCAAAUUCAAAGACUAGAAGCAAAGACUUGUUUUUUUCUACAGGCAUCAUUAUUGGUUCCAUGAUGAAGAUCAACAUCAGUUAGUUGAGAUGAGGAUGAAGAGGUUAAAGGAGAUCUAAGGCGAUUGUACCAGGGUCGUAUUCAUUCGUGCACACUGUAGCAAAGUGUUUUGUAACGGAAAACAAAGUUCAGGUAGUCCCUUCCUGUUUCAUCCCUUUUGCUUCUGUUUGGUUCAUAGUGAAUACGAACGACCCUGUUUAGAGAAAUUACCUGUGAAAAUUGUGAGAUCAGUUUAAAAUACAAUCUCUUGUGUGUUUUUUUUGUUGAGGAGACAGAAUUGAUGGUUGCCAAUUCACAACUGUAUCUCAUGGUACAGAAACUUGGAUAAAGACUAACAAUAACAUUAAGAUAUUUAUUUAUAGACUUCAGCUCCCUGUUAAAGCAUGUUCACAUUCAUUCUGAAUUUCUUGCUGAAGUGUGUUUGUGUGUGUGUGUGUGUGUGUGUGUGUGUGUGUGUGGUGGGGGUCCAACGGUGAUUAAGGUAUUUACUAAAUGAGAAAGCUGUUGCAACCAGAAAAGUACACUCCGUUACAUUUCUAUGUUAUGAGGAUGACCACUAUUUUAAGUUAUGAGUUUGUACAUAUUAGAUGAUUUUGUUUCAUCGGACAACAAGUUAAAGCCUCAAGUUAAAUGGCUUAAACAAUCAUGAAAGGUAUUUUGAGUUGUGCUGUUAUUGCGCGUAAGUUCCUUUAAUAAAGACUGCAUAGAAUA